CCUUCCUCGUACGGGCGAAGCAGAGUCUUGAGACAGGCAGCACCAAGAAGGGAAGCAACAUAGUCCAGAAGAGACAGAAGUUCUGAAGCGUGUGUGUGUGUGUGUGUGUGUGUGUGUGUGUGUUUGCGUUUGUGUUUGUGUGUGUCGACUGGUUGGUCAUGGGUGUGAAUGCUGAGCAGUUUGAGGCCGCCAUGCUGGCUGCCAAGCGCGGUGAUGUCCUCGCUCUCCACCGAGUCCUCACCAUGGGCACGGCGAGUCUAUCCUCUUUGGGCGGCGGGGCAUCGUUUGAUCCAUUGGCUUUGGCAGGGUUAGGCUCUUUACAGGAUGUGGUGGGCGCAGAGUCGGGCAGAGCUGCCUCGGCCGAGCAUGUGCCGGUGGCUCCUGUGCCUGCUGCCGGUCGGACGGACGCAGGAGAGGCGACAGCCAUCACAACAGUGUCGGACACGGCGGGUGGCACUUUGCUGCACUAUGCAGCGCUGCGAAACCAGAUCACGGUGGCAGUGUACUUGCUUGAUCCGCCGCCACCGGUCGUUCGGUCCUCGCCGGUCCAGCCCGGAUCAACAGGUGAGACGCCGCUGCAUUGGGCGGCCCGCGGCGGGCACUGUACUAUGCUGGCGCUUCUGCUUCGAGCUGGUGGUGAGGCUCUGAUUGAGACGCCCAACUCGCUUGGCAUGUCGCCGCUGCACUAUGCGGUAGCCUUUGACCACGCGUACGCCACCGCGUACCUGGUACUCCGCGGAGCUGACGUCGAUUCGCGCGACGCGCAAGGCAAGACGGCACUGGCCUGGUGCGCGGUACAGUGCAAGCCGACAAUGGCCAAGGCCCUUGUCAAGCUUGGCGCCUCGCUGGAUGUGCGGGAUGCGUACGGCGACACGCCACUGCUUGUGGCGGCGCGGCAGGGCGAAGUGGACAUGGCUGAUGAGCUGGUGGCGUCACCGGCCGACUACGACCAGGUCAAGGACCGCAGUGGGGAGAGCGCCGGUGACAUGCUGCGGCGUAAUGUGCGCGAGGCGGCACACGAGGGUGUUCGCGAGGGCCUGGCCAUGUGGACGGUGGCAUGGUUCUGGCUUCCGCCGUCGCAGCGAUGGAAGGCAACAGUGGCGCUCAUGACGGUUGUUCCACCGGCGCUGAUGCUUGUGCUGGCAUUUGCGCCGUGGUACAUGAUGCUUCCGCUGAUGAUGUUCCUGGUUGUUGGCUCGCGGCGCCUGUUGUCCCCGUAUUGGCCGCAGCCGUGGCAGCGGUCGCCGAGCCAGGUUGCCUUCUUCAUUGUCCUCUAUCUGCUCUCGGCCGGCGCGUACUUUAUGCACCUUGCGCCGGCCUCGAGCCACUACUUUACGGCACACCUGCUGUUUCUAGCCUUCAAUCCUGUCUUUAUGUACUGCUACGUCACCCUUGUCCGGUCGGAUGCCGGGACGAUCGAGCGUGACGCGCGCGAUGAGACGCUCUUCAUCUCGAUUGUGGACGAGGAGCUCGAGCAGCGGCUGGCGGCUGACGCGUCGACACUGUCGCUGCUGCGGUCGGGCGGUGAGUCCUCACUGGACAAGGAGCCGCGGAGCGCAGAGCAUGCGAUGGGCAAGGCGCACGAAGAGCUCCCGACGCUGGACCGCCUCUGCUCGACGUGUCUUGUGGAGCGGCCGCUGCGAUCCAAGCACUGCCGGCUGUGCGGACGGUGCGUGCCGCGGUUCGACCAUCACUGCCCGUGGGUCAACACCUGCAUCGGCCUGCACAACCAUCCGGUAUUUGUGGCGACGAACGCUGGCAUUGUCGUGCUGCACUCGUCGUUUAUCUUCUUCUACCUGCUGUACGUCACCAAUACGCCGGGCCUGCCGAACAAGAUGAUCCCAGUGCUCCCGUUCCUGACCGAGACGUGGCAAAAGACGACGGCAAUCACGGCGCUAGCUUACUUUCACUUUCUCAAUCUCGCCUGGCUCUCAGCGCUUCUCGCCCAACACGUAUACAAUGGCGUGGUGCGCAACUUUACGACCAACGAGUCGGCCAACUGGAACCGGUAUGUCCACUUUAAGGCGCGCGGAACCGGCAAGUUCCACAACCCGUUCACCUCGACCUGGCUCAACAACGUCUCGGACUUUCUGCAGAUUCGGCUGACGCCGGGCUCGCGCAUCCGCGACUACUACGACCUGUACUCACUCGACCAAUUGACGGCCGAUGGCGGCAUGGUGCCGAGCAUGCGGCGGUCGACUGGAGUAUAAAUCACAAUAGACGUCAGAA